AUUCUCUUGGUCCCUAGUAUCUGUUCUCGAGAGCUUUGAUAAAGAAGAUGCAGGCCAGCGAUAGGUUUAACAUCAAUUCCCAGCUCGAACAUCUCCAAGCCAAAUACGUCGGAACUGGCCAUGCUGAUCUGAGCAGAUUUGAAUGGGCGGUGAACAUUCAACGAGAUAGCUACGCAUCAUAUAUAGGGCAUUACCCAAUGUUGGCUUACUUUGCUGUGGCUGAAAAUGAAUCCAUUGGAAGAGAGCGCUACAACUUCAUGCAGAAAAUGCUUCUGCCUUGUGGUCUGCCUCCAGAAAGAGAAGACGAUUAAAAGCUGCAGCUCGGCCUAUGAAGUGAAAUGCUAGGAGGUCCAAGCUUUUCCCAUCAGGCUAGUAAUAUCCAUCUUAUCGUGUUUAUUUUUAACUUGAAGCAUGAAGUGUUGUAACCUCAACUUUAUCCAUGGCAAGCUUUGUUGAAUUCUAGCAACUAUUUAAUUCUUAAAACGUCCCUGCUCAUCUUGCUGA